CCGGGGAUUGAUACCAGAUUGCUUCUUACCUGGUCGAACUCCACAAGAGCUGAAACUUCAUCCUCUCUCAGGGAGGAGAGCUGAAGGAGAGGUGGUGGGUUUUCGGAGGAUGGGGAUCAACAAGAAGACCUUGGCAAUCACCCUCUUCUUCCAACUGCUUUCCUCGGUCGCAUGCUUCAGUCGGAGCGAUUUCACUUCCACUUUCCUCUUCGGCACCGCAACCUCUUCUUAUCAGAUUGAAGGUGCAUAUUUAGAAGGUAACAAGAGUUUGAGCAAUUGGGAUGUUUUCACUCACUUACCAGGAAAAAUUAAAGAUGGGAGAACUGGUGACAUUGCUGAUGAUCAUUAUCAUCGAUACAUGGAAGAUAUUAGCUUAAUGCAUUCCCUUGGCGUUAACUCCUACAGAUUCUCCAUGUCAUGGUCAAGAAUUCUUCCAAGAGGUCGAUUUGGGGAUGUAAACCCAGUUGGAAUAAAAUUCUACAAUAGGAUUAUUGAUUCCCUUUUAAUCAAAGGAAUACAACCAUUCGUAACGCUGAACCAUUUUGAUGUACCUCAAGAACUUGAAGACCGGUAUGGUUCAUGGUUGAGUCCACAAAUAAGGGAAGAUUUUGGACAUCUUGCAGAAGUAUGUUUCAAGGAAUUUGGUGACAGAGUAAAAUUCUGGACCACAUUCAAUGAACCAAACCUUUUUGUAAAAUUUAGUUAUGCGUUUGGAAAGUAUCCCCCAGGCCGUUGUUCAGAACCAUAUGCGAACUGUACUACUGGAGAUUCUGAAGUCGAACCAUAUAUAGCUGCCCACAAUAUUAUCUUAUCACAUGCAACUGCAGUUGAUAUCUAUAGAAAAAACUAUCAGGUCAAACAAGGUGGAUCCAUUGGGAUAGUGAUCACCUCAAAGUGGUAUGAGCCAUUGACAAAUUCAACAGCUGAUUGUUUGGCAACUCAACGAGCUUUAUCUUUCGAAGGGCCAUGGAUUUUAGACCCCAUACUUCUUGGCGAUUAUCCAUCAGAAAUGCAUGAAGUCCUAGGUUCAAGAUUGCCCAUAUUCACCUACGAAGAGAAGAAAUUAUUGCUGAACAAAUUGGACUUUAUUGGAAUCAACCAUUACUCCACCAAUUAUGUGAUGGACUGUAUGCUCUCUUCAUGUGAUUUGGAUGGCUACAUGAGAGAUGCAUUAAUAGCCACCACCGGAUACAAAGAUGGAGUGCUGAUUGGAGAACCGACUGCCUUGCCAACAUAUUAUGCGGUUCCAUAUGGUAUAGAAAAAAUGGUCCGGUACAUCAUGGAAAGAUAUAACAAUGUACCUAUGUACAUUACGGAAAAUGGUUAUGCACAAGGAAGCAGCGGUGCCUUUACAAAGGAAUUGAUCAAUGACACAGAGAGGAUAAAAUUUAUGCACUCCUACCUCACCUUUUUGUCUGCUGCCAUAAGCCAAGGAGCUGAUGUGAGAGGUUACUUCUCUUGGUCUCUUCUAGAUAAUUUUGAGUGGGCAUUUGGUUAUACCGUCAGAUUUGGACUCUUUCAUGUUGACUACAAGACACAAAGAAGAACCCCAAAGCUAUCUGCUAAAUGGUACAAGAAAUUUCUCAGUGGUAAAAAGCUACAACUGAGGACGAGCACUCAAAAUAAUGAGAUUUAAUUCCCCUUUCGAGGUGAAGUUGCUAGAUCAUAUUGUUUGAGAAACCUUGUGCACAUGUUGAAGAAUAUUGAGAAAAAAUUAUUGAAAACAUUCAGAAACGUCAAGAAUGUAAGAUAUAUUUUAAAUAUAUCUUAAUAGUCAGCUUCACUUUUUGUUAUCGUUAUGUACAAACAUUACUAUUGUGUGGUAAUGUAUUAAGAUAUUGUGCUGAACAUAAUGUUCAUUUUA